AUGGGACGGAGAGAUAAAAAGAGCGAUGACACUCUUUUUAUUCAUAGCAAUAUGUAUAGUAUUAUCCCGGACAUACCAAAAGCAAAUAGCAUACAGCCAAGGGAAAAGAUCCCUAGCAUUCCCACAAAAAAGCUUCCUUCAAAGAGCAAACAGUAUGAGGUCUUGCCUCAUCUAGGAGAAUUUGUGCCACCGUCUUUCUGCAACAACGCAACCAGAUCUGCUCCGUGCAUAGAAUUAGAGAGGUUAGCUGAGCCAACAGCCAAAAAGUUGAGACCUCCCCUGGCUUGCCUUGAUGUGGAGAGUAUUAGGAAGAAGAUCGACAAAGCUGAAAAGAAGCAGAAGAAAGCGAAAAAGAAGAAGGCAAAGCCUCCUCCAAAAGAAGUCUAUGUGGAGAGGGAGAACCCAAUGCAACAAUUAAUGGAACAAUAUAUUAAGAUGAUGCCUCAUGAAGUGCAUAUCCCCCAUCCUCCUCUCUUUCCCCUAGAUCCAACAAUGCUGAGAAGAAUAGUUAAGAUAAAAACGCCGACGUCAGUAACUGAGUUGACUAUCGAGCAGUAUGUGAGCCUCGUGACCUCAGGGCAAGAUCCUUUCUCGGCAGGAGAUCCAUCAGCAUACACCAGUUAUGCAAAUCCAGAAGAAUUCAUUGGAUACCCAGAUCCACAAACUGGAGGUAGGCUUCCAGAUCUCGGAGCAUAUAUGGAUUCCUUUCAAGGAGAUGGAUACAUGAAUCCACCAGAUGUUUACCAAGAUAACAUAAAUCCAGAUAGAUAUGGAAAUCCGGAAUUUCCAUCCGUGGCCGGGGGAAAGAUGCCAGAUAUACAUAAGAGUCGAUUUGCUCCAAAGGAAAUGUACGGAGGUGGCCGAUUUACCGCUAACAGGGACUACAGAAACCAGUUUAACAACGCAUCCCAGAAACCUUCCAUGUCUCGCAAUACUAUUUCCAUUGAUAGCCGCAUCACCGUAUAAAAAACUCGACAGUUUUGAGCGGGAAAAAUGCAACCAAAUUUUUGUCAUGAUUUCAGAAUACAUUUAUUUUUAUACAUUUCCGAUGUGUAUGAUGCCGCAGAUGCUGUAAAAAAUAGUUAUUGAGAAUAUACUUGUGUCUAAGAAUGGAUUUUUUGUCAGAGAAAAUAUUCCCGGGAGGAAAAAAAACCUUAUUAGUCCGAGAUUCGAGCCUCCCAACUCCCAAACCCAUAGCCUGCAUGGUUGAAGAUAAGCACAUUGUAUAUCGAUCCGUCAUGAUCUUACGCGGUACUAAUGAAAAAUGUACUACAUAUAUCAGGAACUGAAUCGGCGGAUCAUGACUCAAUAAAACUUCAUCAUUCUUCAUGAUCUUUGCGGGCAGUGCUUUACCGAGCUAAGAGCAGAUCCAUGGACACAGUUAAGAAAUAGCAUAAAAUAAAUAGUAAAUUCUACGAUGCUUUGUG